AUGGAAUUUCUCAGGCCGCUCGGUAAAACCCAGGAGAUAUUUCAUUAUACUCGUGUUCGCCUUGCUUGGUAUUACAGACCCUCGGACGUUACAGAACGAACCGUCGCAGAUUCACGUCUCUUAUUGGCUGGCAUGUACACCGAAGUGUGCGAUAUCAAUCAGAUACGCGCCCGUUGCCACGUUGUACACAGAGACAAAAUUUCCGACCUAGCGGGCUGGAAAAAGCGGCCUGACCGCUUUUACUAUAAUCGGCUCUUUGAUCCGUACAUGAGGAAAGAACUGGAAAUCAUCCAGUCCACUGACGUCCGAAACCUUCCGGAUAAUAUUAGAGAGACUUUGAUCUCGCGAUAUGAAUAUGUUGUGGCGGAAAAGGAAGUUAUUCCUGACCUCACUGAUCAUCUUCGUACAUGCGAUACGUGCUCUGAAUGGUGUCCAAGUCUGGAGUCUGUUCGUUGUGACAGAUGCAAGCUCUUUUUCCAUAUGCAAUGUGUCAACCCUCCGCUGAUGGCUAAGCCAUCACGAGGGUAUGGGUGGACAUGCGCGCCUUGUUCACGCAAACACGAAGAGGAAGUCGAUAGCCACCAUACUCGACAACACACUCCAGCCACCAAUAGACCACUGAAAUCCAAUGCACCAGCUGUGCGGGGACGGGGGCGACCACGGAAAGACAAGUCGCAGCAAGACAGAGAAGAGAACCUCCCCAUCAAGUAUUUUAAGAUGUGGCCCUUCCGCUACUUUGGACAAUAUACCGUAGCAGAGGACACUCUUGAUGCAGACGACCUCAUAUCACCCCGAGCGCCAACGCGUGUGGGCCCCAAGUUCCAGGCAACCUUGAUUGAGAAGAAUGCCCCAUAUCCGGGUGAGCAUGUUUUUCGGAGUGAUCGACGAGAACGAGGUGGUGAUAGCACCGUCGAAGUAUUGAGUGCAAUCAACAUCUUGACAGGAGCAGAAGUGGAAUUGUGCAAACAAAGUCUCACCAGCGAUCUCAAGGUCUCGUCUUCUAUCGAUUGGCUGACCGAGGUCGUCCGUCGGUACUCGGAGGCCGCUCUAGCGGCAAAGUCGAUGUAUUCGGUCAAUAUGAAGACGAUUACUCGGCAGGAGCAGUGGAAAACCCAGCCGACCAGAUAUACCGACAGGGAAUGGUCUAGAGAAGAAAUAGGUGCCUUUGAAGACGCCAUCUUCACGCAUGGUGCACAGCUCCGAGCCGUCAGGGAGGAAAUUGGAACCCGGACGAUGCCGGAAGUUGUUCGAUUUUAUGGGCAUUGGAAAAAUGGUAAAAUUGGAGAAGAGAACGAACAGCUUAGGACGAACGGCGCGCUCCCAGAACCUCAAUAUGAGCAAUGGGGAAGCCCGGAAGAGGCCUAUCAAGGCCAGACCGUAGGCCCGGCUGACGAUGAAUCGUCGAUAGUCACUCAGCCUUCCAAAGCUCCUAGCUGUGGUGCCUGUCGGACUCGAGAAUCCAAAGCUUGGUGGAAAGCGCCGAAGGGCCUUGCCACCAAUUUCCUUUGCGAUUCUUGUGGUCAGAACUGGAGGAAGUAUGCUGACUUGAACGUGCGGAGCGUGCGUGAAGAGUCGGUGCCUUCAAUGAAGGCCCGAUCAGCAGAGAAACGCGAGGGGACUCCAUUGACGGGGCCAGUAACUAAGCGUCCUAGACUAUCGACUUCAUCUGCCAGUGUUGUGUCUACACCUCCCCCUCCCCCUCAAUCAGCGGUCCAAUUUCAGUGUGUCUGUUGUCGAAAGAGCGGCCCCAUCGGCAAAGUGCUCAAGUGUACCAAGUGCGGCUUCCGUAUCCAUGCAGGUGUCUGUGGUGCUGUUGUCAGCCCUGAAGAUGUCGAGAAGUGGCGCUGUGAUUUGUGCUCGAAUGAUGAGAAUCUGGAAGCGUCCCUGGUUAUGGAAUGCAUGUUAUGCCCUCGAGAUCAACUGCACGACAAGAAAUUUGGACCUUCGAGCAAUUCUGUCCUUCGGGCUUGCAAGCCAACUGAGGGUCAACAAUGGGCGCACGUCAUUUGCUCGGUCUUUAUUCCUGAACUCACUUUUUCCGACGCAUCGCGGCUUCGACUGGUUGAGGGAGCGAGUACGAUUGCUAAUCAUAGAUGGACUUCUGCAAGCUGUUUUCCUAGAUGUUGUAUAUGCCAUGAGAAAGGAGGCGCUGUUAUACGGUGCUCUGACUGUAGUAGAGAAUACCACGUUUCAUGCGCUUGGGAUUUUGGGCACAAGUUUGGAUUUGAAAUACAACCGGUGAAGAGUAGUCGACGAGAUACCACCGUUACCACGACCUUCCGAGACGAGACAGGAUGUAUGAAUGCCAUCAUAUCAUGCAAAGACCAUGAUCACAGCCGACGAAUGAUUUAUAGUUUAUGUGACACCACGGACGGCGGAGAGACUGCACUACAAGUUUACUGCCGGAAUUACAAACAGGCCACUGGUCAAUCGCACGCCCUUCUCCGCAAGGCGCGGCGCCUUGAUCAACUUCUCAACGUCCGUGGCGACGUCUCCGUAUCUCCUCCCCGCGAUCGCGAGGCCCCAGUCUUCAACCCCGACCCUUCAUGCGACAUUUGCCACACUGAAUUCAGCCCCGCCUUCCAUCUCAUUGAUGAUGCAGCGCAGACGUACCGGUGCCACCGUUGUUAUUUUAGUACUCAAGUCCAACCCGAGGUCAAUUCUGUAGUUCAUGAAGCUUCUCGAGAACUUGUAGUUAAUUGA